CAAGUACCAACACGGCAACAUCCAAGGCCCAAACCCUACGCACCCCCCGGAGCGCGCCGACGCCGACAGGCAACGGCAGCUACCACCGAGAAUUACCCUCGCCGGCGCCGCCGCAGCCGGGGGCUGCUCACGGGCGGGGAUUUACACGGCGCCGCCCAUUUGAUUGCCUUCUUCCUUAGUCCUUAGGCUUGGGUACUAAUCUGUUGCUAUGGGGAAAUCCAAAGACAAGAAGGCUUCGCGGGAAGCGAAGGAAGACAAGAAAUUGGCGCUUGGCGUCAAGAAGAAGCAGCUAAAGAGGAAGAAGGACAGAGUCGUGGAAUGCGCCGUCGACAGCGAACCCGCUGCCGAGCAUGGUAUCGUGGAAGAUAAAGAAUUGGCACGGAGAAAGAAAAUUGCAUUGUUGAAGCAGAAGAAGAAAAAUAAGCAUGCCAAAGUAAAGAGCAGCCAUGCCAGGGCUGAUGAUGUGGUGGAAUCACUGUCAGACAGUAAAGAUGAUGCAACGCCUAAGCUGAAGAAGAAGAAGAGCAAAAAGAAGCUAAUGGAAAGUAGCAGUCCUGUCAAGGUAUAUGAGAGUUCAGUUGCUAGUGAUGAUGCUGGAGCAUCUAAGCUGAAGAAGAAGAAAAGGAAGGUAAAAGGAGGGAAGAGCUCUACUGGAAUUACUGAUGCGGAAGAAAUUCUGCACGUAAAUCAAAUUGAGGAAACUCAAAGUGCUGAUGUCAACCAACUUGCAGCACGGAGUGAAGAUAUGGAUAAUGAGGGGCCUGAGAAAGCAAAGAGGAGAAAGAAAAAGGAACUUAAAAGGUCCGGGAAGGCCAAGACAAAUAAGCAUGCAUCAAGCAAAGAGAACAACCUGGAGAGGCAUGUUGAAGUUGAUACUGCAAACGCUGAUGAGAUUCCAUCGGUUGACGAAGACUGUUCCAGAGGAAUGAAAAAAUGGAUCUUGGAGUACAAACAAAAUAGACCUGGCUUGAAGGUUUUGCAGGAAAGAAUAGAUGAGUUUAUAGUUGCUCAUGAAGAACAACAGGAGAAGGAGAGAAAAGAAAGGGAGGCCCGUGCAGCAGAAGAUGGAUGGACAGUUGUGGUGCAUCACAAGGGUCGGAAAAAGACCACAGAUACUGAAAGUGGAACAGCUGUUGGCUCUGUAUCUCUUGCUGCAAUGCAAGAGAAAAUGGCUAAAAAGAAACCCAAGGAAGUUGAUAUGAACUUCUACAGAUUUCAGAAACGAGAAGCCCACCUCAGUGAACUGGCAAUGUUGCAGAGUAAGUUCGAGCAGGACAGGAAAAGGAUACAGGAGCUUAGGGCUCAGAGGAAAUUCAAGCCUUACUAAUUCUGCUCAAACCGCAAGAUGGCCGAAGGGUUGGUUGCUGUGAUCAGUGGCCACUCGUUGCUCGACAAACAAUUUUGUUUCGCUGGACGUUCUCUAGCUUGUAUGGCUCUUAAACUGAUACGGUGUCAACUGUACUCUAUGUUGCUUGCAUUUGCGGUGCCAAUACAUAUUGUUUGAAUCAAAGCUAUGAUCUGGUGCGUUCUGUGGA